CCAGGCACCACUCUACUAAAUGUUCGUCCUGUCACGUUGCUUCUACUACUCACUGCCCGCCCGCGACGCCGCCAUGCAUCCGCCGCCUUCCCCGGCCGUUUCCUUUGUCUUGCCUCUCCCACACUCUGCUUGUCCUUGACCUUUUCUGUACCGCCUGCGUUGCUUUGACUUGCGAGAGCUGCUAUUGAGACCGUUCAGUGUUCGAUCCAGACAUCCUCCGAGCCAUGUCGAAACUCUUCAUUGGAGGCCUUGCCUGGCAUACCGACGACCAGACGUUGCGCCAAAAGUUUGAAGAGUUUGGCCCCGUCGAAGAGGCUGUUGUCGUCAAGGACCGCGAUACUGGCCGCAGUCGAGGCUUUGGCUUUGUCCGCUACUCACAGGAGACGGAGGCUGAUGCUGCCAUGCAAGCCAUGAACAACGAAGAAUUUGAUGGACGUAGAAUCCGCGUCGACAAGGCCUCGGACCGCGCUGGUGGCGGCGCUCCCCGAGGCGGUGGUUAUGGUGGUGGUGGUGGCGGCGGAUACCGUGGAGGAUACGGUGGAGGACAAGGAGGCUACGGCGGGGGUGGUCGCGGCUACGGCGGCGGCGGCGGCGGCUGGGGUCCUUCGCAAGGCGGCGGCGGCGGCGGUUAUCAAGCUCGCGGCGGCUACGGAGGCGGCCAGGGAGGCUACGGCGGUCAAGAAGGGGGCCAGGCCCAGCAGCAAUGGUAGACGCGUCGUGGGCCGGUUUUAUGCUUUGAUUGCGGCAUGUGCUACAGCCUUACGACUAGUAGUAGAGUAGUAGCAGCAGCAGCAGCAGCAGCAGCAGUAGCAGCUGAGAGCAGCCAGGGCUCGUGGGGGGUUGGGCCUGUGUUUCUGCGAAAAAGGGUCCUUUCGGGCGUUUCCGUCUCCGGGGGUGUCUUUUCUCCUAUGUUUUUGUUCAUGGCAACAAGGGUGGUUGGUACUGACGGAUGAGAUACCCAUUGAACCAGAAGGUGCUGCUGCUCCGUCCUUGUCUUAUAUACCAAGGCUCUGGGCCUUUUUCUGUUACCACAAGUCUUCUGUUUUGCUUUGGCCAUGAUGGUUGUGGAAGCGCUUCGCCAUAUCCAACGGCUCUACAUGUACGGGAUGCAGACGGCAGGCAGACGGCAGACGGCAGACGGCCAAGGGCAAAGGGCAAAGG